UGUGUGCGCCGUCCUCGGAGCUCGUUAUUAUAAGAGCCCGUGUGUAGCUUUGUGGCUAGGUUUGGCACUAGGUUGUUUUCUUGGUAGCCGCCCGGGGUUCUCACUCGUCGCCACUGAACUCCGCCACUGCAAAACCGGUCAUCACAGCGGCGCAACAGACGGACCAUAAUUUACAGAUGGACCAGCAGGACCAGUCCUAUAUGUUUGCAAGUCUGACACGGCCUCACUCAGAGCAGCUGCUGCAGGGCCUACAGCUCUUGCGGCAGGAUCACGAACUAUGUGACAUUGUCCUGCGUGUGGGUGAUGCCAAGAUCCAUGCUCACAAAGUAGUGCUGGCCAGCAUCAGUCCUUACUUCAAGGCCAUGUUUACGGGUAACCUUUCGGAGAAGGAGACCUCCGAGGUGGAAUUCCAGUGCAUCGAUGAGACCGCUUUGCAGGCCAUCGUUGAGUAUGCCUACACUGGCACAGUGUUUAUCUCCCAGGAAACGGUGGAAUCUCUGCUACCGGCUGCCAAUUUACUCCAGGUUAAGCUAGUACUUAAAGAGUGUUGCUCCUUCUUAGAGAGCCAGCUGGAUGCUGGGAACUGUAUAGGCAUCUCCCGCUUUGCAGAGACUUACGGCUGUCAUGACCUGUGCCUCGCCGCGACUAAGUUUAUCUGUGAGAACUUUGAGGAGGUUUGUCAGACGGAGGAGUUUUUUGAACUCACGAGGGCUGAGCUGGAUGAAAUUGUGUCUAACGACUGCCUUAAGGUGGUCACGGAAGAGACUGUAUUUUACGCCCUGGAGUCGUGGAUCAAAUAUGAUGUAACUGAGAGACAGCAGCAUCUGGCACAGCUGCUGCACUGUGUUCGCCUUCCACUCCUCAGCGUCAAAUUCCUCACUCGCCUAUAUGAAGCCAACCACCUUAUACGAGAUGACCACGCGUGCAAGCACCUGCUCAAUGAGGCCCUCAAAUAUCAUUUUAUGCCCGAGCACCGGCUGUCCUACCAGACUGUGUUGUCGGCACGGCCCAGGUGUGCCCCGAAGGUGCUGCUCGCGGUCGGAGGCAAGGCCGGACUGUUUGCCACACUGGAAAGCAUGGAAAUGUAUUUCCCUCAGACCGAUUCAUGGAUAGGACUGGCCCCUCUAAGCGUACCCCGAUAUGAGUUUGGAGUGGCGGUGUUGGACCACAAGGUGUACGUGGUGGGAGGCAUCGCCACACACAUGAGGCAGGGCAUUAGCUAUCGGAGGCACGAGAGCACAGUGGAGAGCUGGGACCCCGAAAGCAACACGUGGACCUCGGUGGAGCGAAUGGCCGAGUGUCGCAGCACACUGGGGGUGGUGGUGCUGGCUGGAGAGCUGUACGCCCUGGGGGGCUACGACGGCCAGUAUUACCUCCAGUCGGUGGAGAAAUACGUUCCCAAGUUGAAGGAGUGGCAACCGGUCGCUCCCAUGACAAAGUCCCGCAGCUGCUUUGCCACCGCUGUCCUGGAUGGCAUGGUGUACGCUAUCGGAGGGUAUGGCCCAGCUCAUAUGAACAGCGUGGAACGGUACGAUCCUAGCAAGGACGCCUGGGAAAUGGUAGCCCCCAUGGCAGAUAAGAGGAUCAACUUCGGCGUGGGUGUCAUGCUCGGCUUCAUAUUUGUGGUUGGUGGACACAACGGAGUGUCCCACCUGUCCAGCAUUGAGAGGUAUGACCCACACCAGAACCAGUGGACAGCCUGCAGGCCGAUGAACGAGCCCCGCACUGGUGUGGGCUCUGCCAUUGUGGACAACUACCUCUAUGUGGUAGGAGGUCACUCCGGGUCAUCCUACCUAAACACUGUCCAGCGUUAUGAUCCCAUCUCAGACAGCUGGUUGGACUCGAGCGGCAUGAUGUAUUGCCGUUGUAACUUUGGUCUGACUGCCCUUUGACCCAUGGCCCAGCCAGCUAGGAUCAAAUGAAAGAACUUAGACGCAAAAACUUUUCUUUUUUGUUGUCUCCUACUUCCCCACAUUCAUCCUCCAGGUGCAGACGAGCGUAGCUGCACACCUAAGAGAACAUCCGAGAGCUUGCUGGUUGGAUGGAUGUGCCAGGCUGGCUGGCUGGCUAGCUAGCUAGCUAGCUAGCGGGGGACCACAGUCAUGGCUGCAGAGAUGAGGGAUAGAUGAAGGUCACGCGGCUCAGCAAGGAAGAUGUUUGGAUGGCCGCGGAAAUAACCGCUCUGCUGCUGCUGGACCACAGUGAGGACUUUGAGCCAUGUCCCAGAGGAUUGUGGGGGAUAAUCUGGUCAAUUAUGUUUCAGAAUGCUCUGUCAUGUUUGUAUUUUGUUCUUCUUCGUGUCCUUUGUUUUCCCUGCUGCAACCAGAACUAUGUGUUCGAGUUUUGUAGAACGCCGCAGUUUGCUUGUGUAUUUGUAUGGAUAUGUGGUUGUCGGCCAUGUGGCGUGUAUGUUCGUGUGUAUGCUCGAGGGGUACGUGCAUGUCAGAUAGGACUGUUUGUUUUGUUGCGUGUCUCCGUGCGGAACUGACGCUCGGACUCAGCGACGCGGUUCGGCAUCCAAAUCAGUGCUUCACAAAAAAAUAGAAAAGUCGGAAUCUUUAUAUUUUCUCUAAAAGGGCUGCCUUUCUCUCGUGUAAAUAGUCAAAAUGAAAUAUAUAGAUAUGAAUAUAUCCUCUAGUGCAUUGCCUGUAAAUGUUUCUUCUGCACUGGGUCACUAGUGUGUGCGCGAAUGUGCGUGUAGUUUGAUUCCCAGGAUCACUGUAGAGGUGAAUGACAAAUUCUCCUGGGAACAUUUGCCACUAGUUUUUGCUUCAUCCUCAGAGCCAUUUAAAAAAACAAAACAAAACAAACAAAAAAAUACAUGCGUUCUGGCCUCUGUUACAUCUUUCUACAGCCGGGUCAUGCACUUGCUACUCUUCACAAUAGUUAAAAUCGACCUCGGCCCUCUUUUCACCCUUUGGUCUGUACACAAUACUAACUGGUGCUAUAUUUAGAAUUCAGGAUUCAGCUGUUUGUCUGUGUCGCCUUGCCGUUAUGUCAGCCUCUGUUCGCAUCCACUACAUUAUUCCGUUACAUGUUAGUUGUUUACUUUGCGUGCACUUAACACACACACACACAAAAUCCCAAUGGCCCCUAAACAUGCAAUAAGAUAAAGCUCUACUGAAAGGGAACCUUCGUGGUUGGACAACCACAGACUCUCACAUUUCCUAAAAUCCUGAAAACUUAACACUAAGCUCUUUUUUUUUUUUUUUUUUUUUUUUUAAACAUUGUUUCAUAUGCUUGUGUAUUCAAGUUAACAUUCUCUUUUAUAUUGGCCCUGCUGUUGCAAGAUAUCGGCAUGUUUCUUCAGUGUCUGUUGCCAGUUGCCAGCGUACAGCCACUCUCUUGGCUAUGUACAAGACUUCUCCGGCCUGUGAUUGGGUUUGACUCCUGAUCUUUGCGAUUACUAACCAGACAUGUGACCCUCAUGUGUCCAGGUCUUGCUUGCAAGCUCAGGUUUGAGGUGACAUGUCCACGGCUUCAUGUGAAGUGCCAAAAACUCCCAUCUUUUACGCUCCCUCCCCAGUGCUAGAACAUAAUCCCCUUGUGUGCCACAGUUGACACAUGUCCGUCUCAUCCCUUAUUGUUAAUGUGUUAGCAUUACAUUCUUCCAUGUGUUCACAUGGAGAUGGACGUUAAAGCACCAAGGGCUGUGCUGGCUGACUCAAGCCACCACUGUCACCUGUACCGUGUCCUGGGUGAGAAAUCGGGAGUGCGCCCCAGGGCGUGUGUGAGGCUGGCUGAGGGUGUCGCUCCGCACCUUUGUGCUCGACUGACGACACUUCAAGCAAGGCACAGCAAUAGAGCGGGCACCCGGCUAGGAGAAGGCUAGGUGUUGUUGUCUCCGUUGAGUCGCUGUUCAAGUCUAGUUUGAGUUGCUUUGUGCACUGAUGUUUGCACAUAAGUGGAAACUUUAACCAAGCUCUGCAUUGCACUUACCAAACUAUUUGAUACAUAUUGUAACUUGUACAUACGUUUUGAUUUAAGCUAAUGGCAUUUAGAUAAUGCAAUAAGACUUCUGUUCCCUGUGUGGAUGAAUAUGUUUUGUUUCUUUUAAAAAGCCAAGGCAUCUCAUAUUGCUGUAACAGAACCCCCCCACAUGGCACGUCUGUUCAGUCCAUUCACGCUGUCGGCUGGUAAUGUGGACGCCUAAUGAGAUGAGACAUCAAAUGGUACCACUGACUUAGCCUCAACCUACCAGGCGUCUCGUGUUGCCAUUUUGUCGUGCAUGCUGGUUCAUUCGUGUAAGGCAUAUGCUUAUUCAGGCCAAGAGUUACAUUUUUUUUUUUUUUUUUUUGCUGGCCAAAUCACGAGUUUAAAAAAUACACAGGUCUUACAAACACUACACAGACACGUACUUUCACUUUACCCCUGCCUACUCGAAACUUCAUGUUGAAUGACAUUUGCCUUUCAAGUAGGUCAGGGUGUCACUGGUGAGACUUUCAGUUCGUCAGAUUGUUUUGCAUCACCAUGAUUACUUUCCUUUGUACUUCAGAUUUCUUUUAGUAGUAACCCAUAACCGAUAUGUACUUUUUGCAAAUGUGUCAUUUUAUUUUUAAAUGACAUGACUAUUUUUGUAUUUAUAAUUUGUAUUGUUUAUGUUCUGUAACCUAAUUUGUUUCCCGUCUGCUGUAAUCCAUUUUGUCUGUCACUUCGCCACAGCACAAGUCACGCUGGCGUAAUUCUGUGCUGCUGCCGUCAUUCAUCUAGCAUUAAUGUGUUGUGUUCAAUGAUUUCUGUGUGGUAGCUACUACUUUUAAUGAGUUUUAAUAAGAGAGGCUGGAAAAAAAAAAAAAAGAUCUGCAAACGUGAAUCUGCAAAAAGAAGGGAUGUGAAAAUUGAGUUUGUACGCAUUUUUAUUAUGGCCUAACCAGUUCCAUGUUUUGCCACCACUCUCACCAAAGUGCUUGUACAAAGAAAGCGGAUGGAUGACCAACACCUGGUCUGCCACUCUAAUGUUUGCGUCUGAGAGAAUAAUCCUUUUGAAACUGAUGUCAAUGUUAGCCAAAACGACCACUCUGCUUAUUUUACAUUUCCCAUUGUGUGUCUGGAGUAAGGUAACGAUCUUGAAUUUUAUAUCCUGUGGAUUAAUACUGGAAGUACAAGAUAACAUUAGGUGUUAAAAAACAAAAAAAAAAAAAAACUGUAGCUUUUCACAUUUUAUCAUGUUUGAUUGAAGACAUUUUACAUACAUUUUAGUCAGUUUGUGUGGUGCAGUUGUACCCAGUUUAAAAUAAAAUAAAUGCCUGCCUUAAAAGGUA